CGCUCCGCCCCGGACAGGGCGGGCCGGGGAAGUCCCGCCCAGGAGGCCGGGGCCCUAGGCGACUCGGAGGGUUGUGACUGCCUCCUUCCGGCCGCCAGGACCCCGGCCGGGAGGGCGAGUCCCAGCCCAGAGGGCAGCAGCGGGAGAGGCCGGCGGGUCAUGCCCUGCUCACUCCGCGCCAUUCUCCUUCGGGACCUGAUCCUGGGCGUGUUGGGCAUCUCUGCCUUCCUCCUCCACUUGGGCUCCGCCCUGUGGGCGGUGAGCCAGUAUGUGCUCAGCGGCCGCUACCUGUGGGCCGCGCUGGUGUUGUCGCUGCUGGGUGUCGCCUCGGUCGCACUUCAGGUCUUCAGCUGGGUCUGGCUGCGCGCCGACCCCGCCGACCUGCACUCGUCUCACCUCUCCGCGCGCUGCCUGGCGCUGCUCCACCUCCUGCAGCUGGGCUACCUGUACAGGUGCAUGCAAGGGCUGCAGCAGGGGCUGUUGGUGUGGCAGCAGGAGACGCCCGCCCCGUUCGACUUGGCCUACGCCGACUUCCUCUCCCUGGACAUCAGCAUGCUGCGGCUCUUUGAGACCUUCCUGGAGAAGACGCCGCAGCUCACGCUGGUGCUGGCCAUCGUGCUGCAGAGCGGCCAGGCCGAGUACUACCAGUGGGUUGGCAUCUGCACGUCCUUCAUGGGCAUCUCAUGGGCACUGCUUGACUACCACCGGGCCUUGCGCACCUGCCUCCCCUCCAAGCCUGUCCUGGGGCUGGGCUCUUCCGUGGUCUACUUCCUGUGGAACCUGCUGCUGCUGUGGCCCCGAGUCCUGGCUGUGGCCCUGUUCUCAGCUCUCUUCCCCCGCUACGUGGCUCUGCACUUCGUGGGCCUGUGGCUGGUGCUGCUGUUCUGGGUCUGGUGUCAGGGCACCGAUUUUAUGCCAGACCCCCGCUCCGAGUGGCUCUACCGGGCAACGGUGGCCACCGUCCUUUAUUUCUCCUGGUUCAAUGUGGCUGAGGGUCACACUCGAGGCCGUGCCACCAUCCACCUGGUGUUCCUCCUGAGUGACAGCGUUCUCAUGGUGGUCACCUGGGUGACGCAAAGUACAUGGCUGCCCAGUGGGAUCCUGCUGCAGAUGUUGCUGCCUGUGGGCGGCACCAGCUUCCUUCUGGGUCUGGUUCUGCGGCUUGUCUACUACCGCUGGCUGCACCCCAGCUACCCCUGGAAGCCUGACCAGGUGGACGGGACGACCGCCUUCCGCUCCCUCGAGUACCAUCAGCUGCCUCAGAACAGGCGCAUGGACCAUUUGGCUCAGAAUUUUUUCUCCAAGGCGAGGGAUGAGGCUGCUUUGCCAUGGCCGGGGGAGGCCAAUGGCGUCCUUUGAGGCAGGGUCGGACCCAGCCAGGGGACAGAAGGACACAUGCAAUCAAUCGUUAGAAUGCAGGAGAAGAUAAGCUAAUUGUGCUGCUAGGGGCCUUGACUCACUCAACAAGCACUUGCUGCCUGAUCUUGCCAGGCACUGGAGACUAGAGUUGAAUAAGACAGAGGCCUGCCUUCAAAGAUCAGAAGAAGAUGAGGAGGACCGCACCCUAGAGGGUCAAGAGCCUCAAUUAUAUACAAAACACUUGGAGAGGACAGAAGAGAUCCCCUUUUCUUUUCCUUCCAACCAGUAUAUCUGGAGCCCAAAGCACCCCAGUGUUGGUGUUUUCACCCAAAUAAUUGGUGGAGGUGCUCUCCCAGCCCGUGGGUCCCCUAUCCUGGAAGCCAUGGAUGCCCCAAUUGGCUGACCUCCAUCAACCCAUCCAAGGCCUUAGUGCAGCUGGCCUGGCCUCUGACUCUGCUCUCAAGGGGCUGCCUUUUAACCACGUGCCUUGUUAACCUGUAUUCUGGGCCAUGGCUCAGCCCAUGGAGUGUAUGUUUUAUACGUUAGACCAGUGGUUCUCAACCUUCUGGCCCUUUCAAUACAGUUCCUCAUGUUGUGACCCAACCAUAAAAUUAUUUUCGUUGCCACUUCAUAACUGUAAUGUUAUGAAUCGUCAUGUACAUAUCUGAUAUGCCGGAUGGUCUUAGGCGACCCCUGUGAAAGGGUCGUUCCACCGCCAAAGGGGUCGCGACCCGCAGGUUGAGAACCGCUGCCUUACACAGUGUAUUUUCCACCUCGGAACCUAUUGUGAGGAGGAGAAGGUACGUGCCUGUGUGUCUCUGCAGGCGAGAGACACGAUGUGUUGUUUUGUUGAACAGUAUUAUUAGGUUGUUAUUAAAACCUUAUAAAAUCCUCCAAACUAGUUGUGUCAUUAAACUAAAUCUGCAGAACUCCAAGCCGCUUGGAAAGAAGGGGUCGGGGACACAGAGCCCACUGCUCAGAAUCGGUGAAGAGGACAGAGGAGAAGGGGGCUGGACGUGGGCAGGACUUCUCAACCUUGUUUUCUACGUUUCGGGGGCUGGCGAGCCGGUGUGGGGUUGAUCGUUCAGGUGGGCACCAGAACCCAGAUCUGGACUGACUGGUGCUCUGCUGCUGGGCCCGGCAGUAGCUGCAAACGCCUUUAGUGCCGGAAGUGAAUACGGGAGCCCAGGUGAAGGUCUUUUAUUGGAAGCUCAGGGAGGGUGUAAGUGAUGAGGUGGCUUAAGGAAUGUGAAAGCAGGCAAUGGUGCCAGGGAGGUGGACUCUUUUGCUGCUCUCGGGAGGUCUGUGGGUUGGAGAAACAAGGAAUUUUUGCCAAAGCUCUCAUCUAUACUCUAGAUCAGUGGUUCUCAACCUUCUUUCUGCCCUUUAAAUACAGUUCCUCAUGUUGUGACCC